UUGAAUUGUGCUAAAGAAAAUUUCAAUUAAGAUGCUGAAAGUAGUAUCAGCUUGUGAUUUUAUAUCAUCAAGUUGGACCAGAAAACUCCUGCAAAGAGCUUUUCUAGGACACUUUUGAUGCCAUUUUGGAGGUGCCACAUCCUACAAUGGGAGCCACUGGCAGCAAGGGAGGUGGUAGCAGAAGUGCUCCUCUAACUCCAGUACGAGAUGCUGGGUCUGAAGAAUCUCGCUCUGUUUCCUCGGCUGCUGUUUCUUCUGCAGAUAUCAACAGGAAAGGAAUUGCUGCACUCAUCAGACCACUCAAGCCACCAUCUCUACGGCCCGGGCAAAGCCUGUCUGAUGUUCUAACACCGCAGUUCAAUGUAAUGAGUCUUGCCAACAACUUAUCACAGAGAUUUUCUGUACUCAGUGGAUUAUCCUUCAUUUCACUAGUGUCUGCUCAAGCUAAUCCAGAUGGCUCCAGGAAGAAAAUUACCAGAACAAGAUACCGAGGAGGGAGCAUUUCUGGACCUGGCAAGACAGCUUGGCCGGUGGCUCAGACUGAACUGCUUUUCUUGCCUGAGUUUCCAGUUGGUACUGAUCAGAAGAUGCAGCUCAUUUUCUAUGGUGAAGUGUCCCGUGGGGCUUUUGGCCAAGUGUUCCACGUACAGUGCGGCAACACACUCUUGCACUACGCCAUGAAGGUUCUCGCCAAGAGUCAGGUGUGCAGUCUUGAUGUGGUGCACCAAGUGAAGCAGGAGGUCAUGAUACAGCAGAUGUGUAGUCACCAUCCAUUCAUCUGCCCACUCACCCAUCAUUGGCAGACCAGGAAACUCCUUGUUGAGGGUGUGUAA